AUGGGCAAAAGAAAGAUCCAACAUGACCCAUACAAACAAAAGAGUCUAGACAACUACGUCUCGCGCAACACCCGGCCCAGUCUUAGCAAGACUACACCAAAGAGCAAGGAAGCCGCCCCCGCCCAACCACCCAAGCCCAUCAAGACUCAGCGGAAACGGCGACGAGAAGACGACGACGACACGGAUGCGGCGCGGCCCCCCGCACAGGACACCAGGCUUACGAGAAGCGCCAAAAAAAGCGACUACAUGCAGGGUCAACCAGUCGACACGAAGAUGAAGAUGAUGCUAGCCUGCACGACAGGAGCAACAGACGAUGACACAGGUAGUGUUCUUGAGUCAGAGAACUACAGCGAUCCCGAGGGCGACGAAGAGGAUAUGUUCCUGAGUUCAGACGACAACGAGGAUGAGGCCAGCCAACCUGAGGACGAGGCCGACCAGCUCGACGAAGACAACGAGGACGAUGCCGACCAGUCUGACGAAGACAACGAGGAAGAGGCCGACCAGCCCGACGAAGACAACGAGGACGAGGCCAACCAGUUCGAAUGCGAUGCCGACCAGUCUGACGAGGCCAGCCAGUCCGAAGACGAGGUCAACCAGUCUGACGAGGCCAGCCAGUCUGACGAUGCUGACCAGACCGACGACGAUGCCGAUAUCCACCAUGCGGACGAUGAUGACAUGAAGGAGACACAGUACUCCCUCGAGAUACCGCUACGCGACCAAGAUCUCUUUAAUGUUGAUGUUACCGCCGCCGAGGUUACAUCUAUAGUGGAAAAAGUCUUACCUGCGCUGUUAUUAAGAAAGAUAAGAAACUUCUACAGAACUAUCGCAGGCUAUCUUAAGAAGUCCCCUCUAUUUAGGAUCCCGGCGCGCUCUUAA